CGACCGGGUAGAAACUACUGUUCGAUUGACUCUUAAAUAAAUGCUAAAACAAUUAUCAUCGAAGAUUUAUAUAGAUUGUCAUGUAGAUUUACUAAUAAGUCAAGUGAGUGUGCUGAUGAAAUGUCGGUACAUUUUGCUACAUGAGCUAGAUAUAGCUAAAGCUGUAACAUAGGAACAGCGAAGUCUCAAAUCUUGUUUCAACCGAAUAAAGUUACCGAAUGGACCGUUGCUCACGUUAAGGGUCAAAUGUAUUGAGGAUGUGCUUGUAGUGUCGUUGAAAUGUCAAGUUUCUCCAGAUCUGCCCAGCAAUGGGCAACCUUUGCCCGCUCCUGGUUCUUAAUAGAUGCCAGGAUGCAGCCUCCUGGGAAGAUCGCAAGCAUGUGUUCUGUUAGAUUACAGGGGAAGCACAAACCUAUCUACCAUUCAAUGAGUGACUGUGGUGACCAUGUGGUAGUAAUAAACACCAAACAUAUAGCUUUCUCUGGAAACAAAUGGGAGCAGAAAGUCUACUCAUCACACACAGGGUAUCCAGGUGGAUUCAAACAAGUCACAGCUGCCCAGCUGCAUCAAAAAGACCCAAAAGCUAUUGUGAAGUUGUCAGUUUACGGCAUGCUUCCUAAGAAUCUACACCGGCGCACCAUGAUGCAGCGAUUACACAUCUUCCCUGAUGAUGAGCUGCCAGAGGACAUCCGAGCCAACCUGACGGAGGAGCUGCCUCAGCCCAGAGAAAUCCCCAGGAAACUCAGCGAGUACACCCAGGAGGAGAUAGACGCCUUCCCCAGGCUUUGGACACCACCUGAAGACUACAAGAUGAAAUGAAAUCCAGGCUGCCUGACAUGAGCAAAACUGAAGACUUUCACAUUCACACUAACUGCAAGCAACAGUUUCCUCAAAUUUAUUUGCAGUUAUGAUACAUGCCAAAAAAGUAUCGCAAGUCAAAAGUUCAAAAACACAAGAACUGAUUUUCUCCGUUCAGAUGAAACAUCACAAAAACAAAAUCAGAUUGUGUAAAUCAGGCAACAGCGGCUCUGAUCAGAGAAAUUCAGAUUCUGUGGGUUUUGCUCUGAUUAUACAACCAUGAAAUGAACAGUUAUGGCCCAUAAAAAAUGACAUCUGUUAGAGCUGAUCCUGCCUGUGUAGGUUUGUUGGUUCACAGCGAAACCAAUUAAUGUGUUACCAUGACAACAUUCAGGCCAUCAGUGUGGUUUCAGUAGAAAAUUUGAACACUGGUCAGGAAAUCCUGAGCUUUUCUUCUUGUCAAUGUGCUAGAACUUCCCAUACUGUUGUCAAAUACAAAUCAAUUUUUAUUUGAAUUGUAAAAUAGGCUAAUAAACAAUUUAAUUCACUUG